AUGUUUAGAACACUUGUAUCCAAGGGUAUGAUCCCUGUCCGUACAUUUGCCCCAAUGUAUCAAAGAUUCAUGCAUACUGUGCCCAGAACUGUUUCUGUUUUGACCACUCCAAUUUCAACUUGGGGAUACAGAUCAGUUAACAAUGUCAAACCAACCAUACAAUCAUUAAUCCAACCAUUUGCUCCUGUAGAACAAGAUCUCCAAAUGGAAGAAAAGGAAGACAACACCAUAUAUACCGACUCUGUGUUGAGGAAAAGAAGAUUGAAAAUGAAGAAGCAUAAGUUGAGAAAGAGAAGAAGAGCACAAAGAGCCUUGAUGACCAGACUUGGUAAAUAG